AACACCAGCAGGCAUUCUCAUCCCAGACCUGCAGGAGAUACAAGUCUCAGAUCAGCUGAUCCAGGACCCCGACAGGAUGCGCGUGGACCUGGUGGUGGUGUGUGUGGCCGCUGUGUCUCUCUCUCUCCCCGCUCCCUCAACAUGUGACCCACUCUAUGUGAUGUCAGCUCCUAACCUCCUGAGGGUGGGCACCCCAGAUAAGGUGUUUGUGGAGGCCCAGGACUACACCGGAAAUCAACUAACAGUCAGAAUUAGUGUCCUCGGAUUCCCCACCAGAACACUUCUUGCAGAAAAAAGUGUGAGCCUGACUACAGCCAACAACUUUCAGGAACUAGCAGAAAUCGAGGUUCCUACUGGGGAUUUAGCUAGGACUGAGACCAAAUAUGUAUAUCUCCAAGCUCAGUUUCCAAAUCGCCUUCUGGAGAAAUUGGUUCUCAUUUCGUUCCAAACUGGUUAUAUUUUUCUACAAACAGACAAAACAAUAUAUACACCUUCAACCACAGUUAAUUUUCGGAUAUUUGCCCUCAAGCCAGAUUUCACGCCAUCCAAUUCAAGUGUGGACGUGAAGAUAAUGAACCCCAAUGGAUUUGAGAUGGAAAAGAUUUCGUCGGCGGCCGACAUGGGAGUCAUUUCUAAAUCCUACAAAAUCCCUGAAUAUACCAGUUUUGGGACUUGGUCUGUUGUGGCAAGUUUCUCAAACACCCCACAGGAAAACUUCACUGCAGAGUUUGAGGUUAAGGAAUAUGUUCUACCAAGCUUUGAGAUCUCACUGAGUCCGAGGAAAACCUUUUUCUAUGUGGAUGACCAGAACCUGAUUGUCGAUAUUGAGGCGAGGUAUUUAUAUGGCCGAGCGGUGACAGGAGUUGGUUUUGUGAUGUUUGGAGUGUUGAACAACAACCAAAAGCGGAGUCUACCACGCUCACUUAAGAGAGUAGAGAUCAGAGAUGGGAAAGGCGAGGUCACUCUGCAGAGAGAGGACAUUGAGAAUGUGUUCCCAAAUAUGAAUGACAUCGUCCAUUCUUCAAUAUAUGUGCAUAUCAGUGUGUUGACAGAAACAGGGGGUGAGAUGGUGGAGGCAGAGAAAAGAGGCAUACAGAUUGUCACGUCUCCAUACACCAUUCACUUCAAGAGAACCCCUAAAUACUUCAAGCCAGGGAUGCCCUUUGAUGUAACGGUCUUAGUAACCAAACCUGAUGGCACCCCUGCUCCAGCAAUCCAAGUAGUUUGCACAAUAAAAGAGCCUGCAGUGGAACAGAUAAUGAUAACUAAAGAUAACGGCAUAGCGAAAUUUCUUCUAAACACACCAACUGCAGAAAAGUCACUAAAAAUCGAGGCAAAAACCAAAUGCACUGGCCUCACAGAUGCAAGGCAGGCAUCACAGGAAACAACAGUUAAUCCGUAUAAAUCCAAGACUGGGUCCAAGAAUUAUCUGCACAUUGACGUCCCUGCAACACAACUGAGCAUGGGAGAUGACUUCAGGGCCGACUUGAACUUCCCCCAAUCUUUACCACAAGAGCUAGACCUCACAUAUAUGAUCCUAAGCAAAGGACAAAUUGUUGAAGCAAAACGGUCCAAAAGACAGGGGAAAGCUUUCGAGGCCUUGCCCUUACGGGUGACCAAGGAUAUGGUUCCCUCCUUCCGUAUCGUGGCGUACUACCAUGUGAGCUCGUCUGAGGUGGUGUCUGACUCAGUCUGGGUGGACGUGAAGGACACCUGCAUGGGGAAGUUGACUAUAGAAAGGGAUGAAGGUACAAAACUCGAGCCCAAGGGCACUCUCAAACUAAAAAUCACUGGUGAUCCUGGGACAAAAGUCGGUCUGGUGGCUGUGGAUAAGGGAGUCUACGUCCUCAACAACAAGCACAGACUCACCCAGAGCAAGAUCUGGGACACGGUUGAGAAGUUUGAUACUGGAUGUACCCCUGGCAGUGGUCAAGACAGUAUGGGGGUUUUCUCUGAUGCUGGACUGGUUUUUGAGACCAACACCGCAGGCGGAACGUCAGUCAGGACAGUCUCCAGCUGUCCCUCUCCGUCAAACAGAAGACGCCGAUCAGUCACUGUAAGGGAGGUCCAAACCACACUUGCCAAAAACUAUACUGGCGUGGAUAGGCAGUGUUGCGUUGACGGGAUGAAGGAAAACAUACUGGGCUACUCCUGCGACCGUCGGGCUGAGUUCAUCUUGGACGGCCAAAACUGCACCAAGGCUUUCCUCCACUGCUGCCAUGUAACGACUGCCUACAAGGAGGAAGAGAGAGAGGUGUACCUCCAACUGGCACGCAGUGACAUUGAUGAAGAUGCGGAUAUGGAUGAAUAUUGGGAUGAGUAUAUGACCUCCCGUUCAAAAUUCCCAGAGAGCUGGUUAUGGGUUCUGCGGGACCUUCCCAAUUGUGCUGAAAAUGAUUGCAUACUCAGAGAACAUACUGCCUUCCCAGACUCCAUAACCAGCUGGAUAAUCACUGCCGUCAGUGUUUCACACACCAAAGGUAUUUGUGUGGCAGAAACCUUGGGUUUGGAGGUUGAAAAGACAUUUUUCAUCGAUCUGAAGUUACCCUAUUCUGCUGUACGGCAUGAGCAGAUAGAGAUCAAGGCCAUCAUUCAUAACAACAAUGAUGCACCCUUAAAGGUACGAGUGGAAUUGUACGGUACAAAAGACGUGUGCAGUGCAGCCAACAAAGCUGGCAAGUCCCGAACCAUAGUAGAUGUGUUCGGGAUGUCAACCCACGCUGUGCCCUUUGUGAUCGUACCCAUUGGUGAGCCGGGGAAAUAUACCAUUGAGGUGAGGGCGAUGGUGUAUGGUUCAUUUGUUGGCGAUGGAGUCAAGAAAGAUCUGCUGGUGGUGGGUCAAGGUGUUCGUACAACAAAAAAACAAACAAUUAUUCUGGACCCCUCUCAUCAUGGUGGAAUCCAGAGGAGCAAUGUUACUGCUCUGAGGACAGACAAGAAACUACCAAACACUCAUGCGAUGACGUACAUCACAGUUCAAGGCGAUGACUUGGGAGUUACCAUUGAGAAGGCAAUCAAUGGGGAGACCAUGGAGGCCUUAAUUCGUCAGCCAGGCGGGUGUGCUGAACAGAACAUGGCUGCUGUAACCAUGCCUGUCAUUGCAGUCCACUACCUGGACAAAACCAUGCAGUGGGACAAAGUGGGUGUUGAGCAACGAGCGAGGGCCAUUCAGUUCAUUAAUGAGGGCCAUCAAAACCAGCUUGUAUACUACAAACCAGAUGGCUCUUCUGGAGUAUUCAAAGGAAACAAUGGUAAUACUUGGCUCACAGCCUACGGAGCUAAAGUCUUCUCCAUGGCCAGUGACGUCAUCAGCAUUAACGAAAAUGUGAUCUGCGACUCUCUCAAGUGGCUGAUCAGGGAAAAACAGCGGCCAGAUGGUUCUUUCACAGACAAACGUGAUUAUACAACCUCAGGAGCUGCCAUGACAGCCUUUGUCCUGAUAGCCUUUCAAGAGAGCAAGAAGAUCUGUGCAGACAAAAUCAAUAAUCUUGAUGAAAGCAUGGAGAAAUCUCUACAGUAUUUGGAGAGUAGCAUUCCCAAACUGGAGAAUCCCUACGCUGCCGCCAUGGUCUCCUAUGCCCUGGCCAAUUCUGGCAAACCAGUCAAGAGCAUUCUUUACAAGUUCUCCCAUGAAGAUGACACACACUGGCCUGUCAGAGGCAGACACUAUCUCACCCUGGAGGCCACAGCCUAUGCCCUGCUGGCCCUGGUGAAGAUGAAGGAGUUUGAGAAGGCAGGAGUGGUAGUGAACUGGCUGAACGCACAGAGACGAUCUGGUGGAGGAUAUGGCACCACACAGUCCACCAUCAUGGUGUUCCAGGCCGUGGCAGAGUACAGGGUCCAGGCAAAGACAGCACCGCCCAAAGACCUCAAAAUUGAAAUUAGUUCAUCAGGGCGAGAUGACUUAAUUGAAUGGGCUUGGACAAAGAACAAUGCAUUUGCAACCCGCUCUGAAAAGUUUGACCUGAAUGAAGACCUCAUCUUCACAGCCAGAGGUGGAGGCAAAGGCACUGUCCUUGUCGAGCAGAUAUACUAUGUGGCCCCAAUUGAGGAAAAUCUGAAAUGUGAAAACUUCACGCUGAAUGUGACCAUGGUGAAAAAAGACAGGGUUAAGGAGGGUUAUAAAGAGAGUUAUCUACUCACCAUUGAUGUCCAGUUUAUGUCAAAUGAGGAUGCCACCAUGACCAUCCUGGAUGUCACCUUUCUGACUGGAUUUGUAGUAGAUGUGACAGACCUCUCCGCGCUAACUAAUGGGAAAGAUCGUUACAUUCAGAAAUAUGAGAUGAACCAGACAGACAGCCUCAGCAACAGAGGUUCCCUUAUCAUCUAUCUUGAUAAGAUCUCACAUAAUCAAACAGACAGAAUUGCCUUCAAAGUGCACAAGGCACUGGAUGUGGGUAUGCUACAGCCUGCAGCAGUUACAGUGUAUGAGUACUACAGGCCUGACCACCGCUGUGUGAAAUUCUACCACCCUGAGAAACAUAGAGGUGGACUAAAUAGACUUUGUAUUGGAGAAGUCUGUCAGUGUGCUGAAGGACAGUGCUGCAAACAGAGGAAGACCGAAGAUGAAUUAAAGGAUCGUGAACUAACAGCCUGCCAAGUUCAUGUUGAUUACGUGAUUAAGGCCACUAUUUUAAAUAUAAGUAUUUCAACAACAACAGACAUAUACCGCCUCAGAGUGGCUAGCCUCAUCAAAAAGGGCACAGAUGAGAUGACUGAGGGGAGUGAGCGUGUUUUCGUUGCUCAUCCAAGCUGCAGGGAGAAAAUGGACCUGCAGGUCAACAAAAGCUACCUGAUUAUGGGAGCGAAGGAGGAUGUUCACCAAGUUGAGAACGGCUAUCAGUUUGUGUUUGGUGAGAAAACCUGGAUAGAAUACUCGCCCACAGAGGAAGAGGGCCAAGAACCAGAGUUUGAAGACAGAUUCAUAGGAAUUGCAGACCUUGUCUUUGAACUCGUAAACACUGGCUGUAGCUAUUGAUGUCAAAUAUCCAAGCAAGUAUUGAUAACAAAGCUUGCUAAAGCUAGUCAAUGUUUGCACCUCUGCAGCCUUGAUUAAGCUAAUGAAUGUAUGUUUAACCAAUGAACCCUUGUCCUCACUGUUUUUACUUCUGUUUCAGCUCAUUUUUAUGUUGUGUUGGCAUGAAUGUGAAAGGGGUGUCUUCCCAUUCUAGACAUAUGAUCUCCUUAAUGCUGGCCAAUCAAUAAAAGCAGUACUGUGUAUACUGA